AUGAUACGGACUGCCACUUGGAUGUCUCGUGAGUGGAGAGUCUUUCUCUUUCUCUUUCUGGCCAGUAGCCCAGCCUCAGUAGCUAUUCUCUCAAAGAUGUCAAAGACAAAUGAGUUCAUGACCGCCAUUGACAUUGUUGAUAUUGUAACUCUCUUCUUCUCAUCAGCACCCCGUAAUCCUGAACGACGUCUCGUAGCCUCCACCAAAGUCUUGAGUAUCCUGUGA